ACGUACAAAAACGCUAGCUAACCUGAUCAUUCCGAAGAUACCAAAAAUGACGUCACCUCCCACCCUUCCACCACCCCUCCCUCCGCCGUCAUCGGACUCCGACUCCGAUACAGCCACCACUUCAAACCACGGCCACACCGACCUCUCCAACACCAUUUUCAAAUCCUACAUCGAGAUCACAGGCCAGUCAUCGCCGGACCUCUCCAAGAUCCAAUCUUUUCUCACCUCAUCGCGCUCUGGUGCUCUCUCAUGCCUUAUAUGCCUCGAACGCAUCAGACCCUCUGACCCCACCUGGUCCUGUUCCUCUCGUUGCUUCGCCGUCUUGCACCUCCUCUGCAUUCAGUCCUGGGCCCGCCAGUCCUCCGACCUCUCUGCCGCUCGCGCUGCCGCACGGGCCGCCUCCGUCGAUGAUCACUCUUUCUGGCACUGCCCGAAAUGUCGAAUUGAGUACCCGAAAAGCCAAAUUCCCAAAACAUACUUGUGUUUCUGUGGAAAACUUGAAAACCCACCUCACGAUCCGUGGAUUUUACCUCAUUCUUGUGGUGAAAUCUGCGAAAGGCCAUUGAAGUACAACUGUGGACAUUACUGUUUGCUGUUGUGUCACCCCGGUCCAUGUCCGGCGUGCCCGAAAUUGGUGAAAACCCGGUGUUUUUGUGGGGCUGUUGAGGAUGUUAAGCGGUGUGGAUUCAAGAAUUUUUCAUGCUAUGGGGUGUGUAAAAAGUUAUUGGAUUGCGGGAUUCACAGGUGUGGUGAGAUUUGCCAUGAGGGUGAGUGCCCACCUUGCCGGGCUCAAGGGGUUUAUAAGUGCCAAUGUGGGCAGGUGGAGGAGCAGAGAGAGUGUUAUGAGAGGGUUUUCAGGUGUGAAAUUCCAUGUCAGAGGUUGCUUGGUUGCGGGAAGCAUUUGUGUAGUAGAGGGUGUCAUCAGGGUGAGUGUGGUGAGUGCCCGCUUCAGGGGAAGCGGACAUGCCCGUGUGGGAAGCGAGUGUAUGAGGGAAUGGCUUGUGAUGUUGUAGUGCCGGUAUGUGGGGCAACUUGUGAUAAGAUGUUGCAGUGUGGCUUUCAUAGGUGCCCGGAGAGGUGUCACCGUGGACCGUGCAUUGAGACUUGUAGAAUUGUUGUUACCAAGUCGUGCAGGUGUGGGAGCUUGAAGAAACAGGUUCCUUGUUAUCAAGAUUUGGCAUGUGAAAGGAAGUGUCAGAGACAACGAGAUUGUGGACGCCAUGCUUGUAAGCGUCGCUGCUGUGAUGGGGACUGCCCACCUUGCUCAGAGAUUUGUGACAGGAGGCUUCGGUGUAAGAAUCACAAAUGCCCUUCUCCGUGCCACAGAGGUGCUUGUGCUCCUUGCCCCAUCAUGGUGAAAAUUUCUUGUUUUUGUGGGGAUACACACUUUGAGGUUCCCUGUGGCACGGAGAAAGAACAAAAGCCUCCACGAUGUCCAAGGCCAUGUCAUAUUGCUCCUUUAUGCAAUCAUGGAUCAAAAUGCAAGCCUCACAGGUGCCAUUAUGGAGCUUGUCCCCCUUGUCGGCUCAUUUGUGAUGAGGAGUAUUCAUGUGGUCACAAGUGCAAAUUAAGGUGCCAUGGCCCUAAACCACUUCCUAAUCCAGAAUUUGCAUUGAAACCAAAGAAAAAGAAGCCAAAUCAUCAGAGUGAAUGUACUCCUGGUUCAUUAUGCCCUCCUUGCUCGGAACUUGUUUGGAGGUCAUGUGUUGGCCAUCACAUAGGAGCUGAGAGGAUGAUGGUUUGCUCAGCAAGAGCAGAAUUUUCUUGUGACAAUCUUUGCGGGAACCUUCUGCCUUGUACCAAUCAUUAUUGCACUUACACAUGCCAUACCCUGAAGAGUCGGUCUUUAACAUCCGGUCAGCAUGAAAGAGACUUGUCUUGUGAAGUGUGUAAUCUUCCUUGCCAAAAGGAGAGGCAGCCUGCCUGUCCACAUCCCUGUCCUCUGCUUUGUCAUCCUAGUGAAUGUCCUCCUUGCAAAGUGCUGAUCAAGCGUUCAUGUCAUUGUGGUUCCAUGGUCCAUGUUUUUGAGUGUAUGUAUUACAACAGCUUGUCUGGUGAGGAGCAAAUGAAGGUUCGCUCAUGUCGGGGUCCUUGCCAUAGAAAGCUAGCCAAUUGUACACAUCUCUGCCCGGAGAUAUGUCAUCCUGGUCAAUGCCCAUCACCUGACAAAUGCUCUAAAAAGGUUACUGUUCGGUGUGGAUGCCAAAACUUGAAAAAGGAGUGGUUAUGUCAAGAUGUACAAGCAGCGUAUCGCAAUACUGGUUAUGAUCCCAAAGAUAUCUCUAAAAGUAACUAUGGGCUAUCACUUCUUCCAUGUAACUCAGAUUGCAAGAGUAAAGUAAAGGUUCCUGAUUCAGAGUUACUACUCCGUAAAUCUAAAGUUGUGGAGAUGAAGCCACCAGACACUGAAAACAAUGUUCCAAAGCGUAGAAAAAGACGGGAUAGGGUCCGUGAAGACAAGAAAAUUUCAACACUACAGAAAAUCAUUGCCACCACGCGUAAGCUGGUUCUGGUUGUUACCAUUCUGGUGGCUCUGUUUGCAUCAGCGUAUUACGGUUACAAGGGCCUAUUUUGGCUCUCUGAUUGGAUGAAUGAAGUUGAAGUACAAAGACAAAGAAGAAAAUAUCCAUGAGUCUGAUCAAUCUCGAGCUAUUUUAUACUUCAUUUGACUUGAUUUCACAUAACGGUUAGUGGCAUAUACUUCUAUAGGAAUUGGAUUCCCUCAGAAAUUCUUUAUUUAUUUGUUUUCUGUGGCAAGUUUGGAAAUGAUUACUCACGAGACAUGUUGUGGAAGUUUAAGAGUGGUUAGAAUUUUGUAUUCUUGUUUAUUAGUCCCAAACGGAAGAGUAUUUUGACUUCUGUACAAAAAUAAUGCAUCAUGUAUUGCCAACUCUUCAAAGUAAUCCUUGUACCCUACUUAUUCUUGGCUUGGUGCAGAAGGUUCCUUUUAU